AUGGAAGAGCCACGCGUUAGUCACUUACAAGGAGCGAAGAGGAUUCUUAGAUAUAUCAAAGGUACACUGACUGAUGGAAUUUUUUAUGCUAGUAAUAAUGAAGUGGAACUUGUUGGAUACACAGAUAGUGAUUGGGUUGGAGAUAUUGAAACAAGAAAAAGCACGUCACGAUACGCAUUUCAUUUGGGCACAGGUGCAAUUCCAUGGUCUUCAAAGAAACAACCGGUUGUUACACUUUCUACCGCUGAAGCAGAAUAUAUUGCAGCAGCCGGUUGUGCUACUCAAACAAUAUGGAUUAGAAGAAUAUUAGAAGUGAUACAUCAGAAGCAGAAUAAUCCUACAAAGAUAUAUUGUGACAACAAGUCAGCUAUUACGCUGAGUAAGAAUCUGGUGUUUCAUGGACGUUCCAAGCAUAUUGAUAUUCAGUUUCACAAGAUAAGAGAGUUGAUAGCUGAGAAGGAAGUGGUGAUCGAGUAUUGUCCCGCUGAAGAACAAAUUGCAGAUAUUUUUACAAAACCAUUGAAGAUUGAGUCAUUUUACAAGUUGAAGAAGAUGCUUGGAAUGAUAAAUUUGAGAACUUGA